CUGAUGUCCUGAAGCGCCACAUGUACCGGAGUCAGAGAGAGUUUUAUUACCGCGUUUUCAGUCUGCGUUUCCAAAUGUGAUGCAUAGUGCACUCUAUUGGGUGUGGACGAAACUAUUAUUUUAUAACACAUAAAGUGCGCUGGUAUAAACACUAGGGCGCCGUUUGAGAUCGGUCCUUCGUGACGUGUAAAAUCAGACCCCGCCCACAUGUGUUGCGUCACCGCGCCCCGUCUCUCCGCUCGGCUCAGUGCGCUCCAGAAGCACACAGACAUGGCUCCAUAGGACUGCACAUGGCGGCCAGCGGCCAUGAACCAAAAUCCCCCACAACUCACCAAAAAUAACAUCAAAUGCAUUUCUUACAAACACGAUUUGAUUCAUUUCGGACUCAUUAGUUCCAUCCUUGGCAAUAUUUCUUUUAGGUUGUUUUUUUCCCACCAUAGGUGAGAGGCUGCUUGGAACUCCGCUUUUUUCUUCCCCAAACUUUGUAAUUUCCCUUCAUCAGAGAGCAGUGAUGGGCGUGCAGGGUUUUCAGGAGUACAUCGAGAAGAACUGCCCGAGCUCCGUGGUGCCGGUGGAGCUGCAGAAGCUGGCGCGGGGGAGUCUGGUGGGAGGCGGCAGGCAGAGGCCGCCGCAGGGCCCGCUGCGCUUGUUGGUGGACGCGGAGAACUGCGUGCACCGGCUCUACGGCGGCUUCUACACCGACUGGGUCGGCGGCGGCCAGUGGAACCACAUGCUCGGCUACCUGGCGGCUCUGGCCAAAGCCUGCUUCAGCGGCAACAUCCAGCUGCAGGUGUGCUUCAACGGCGCGCUGGAAAAGGGUCGCCUUCACGAGUGGGUCAAGCGGCAGGUGAACGAACGGCAGACGGCGCAGCAGAUCGUCAGCCACGUCCAGAACAAGGGCACCCCGCCGCCCAAAGUCUGGUUCCUGCCGCCCGUCUGUAUGGCGCACUGCAUCCGCCUGGCGCUCCUCCGGUUCCGGAUUGAAGUUGUGCAGAGCAUUGAGGAUCAUCACCAGGAAGUAAUCGCUUUAUUUAGAGAGAACGGGUUCCAUGGGUUGGUAGCCUAUGAUUCUGAUUAUGCUCUGUGCAACAUCCCCUACUACUUCAGUGCCCACGCUCUAAAACUCAGCCGCAACGGCAAGAGCCUCACCACCAGCCAAUACCUGAUGCAUGACGUUGCCAAGCAGCUGGACCUCAAUCCAAAUCGCUUUGUCAUUUUUGCUUCACUCUUGGGGAAUCACAUUUUGCCUGAUGAGGAUCUUGCUGCAUUUCAUUGGAGUUUACUUGGCCCAGAGCACCCUUUAGCAUCCCUGAAGGUUCGUGCCCAUCAGCUGGUACUUCCUCCCUGUGAUGUCGUUAUAAGGGCUGUGGCAGAGUACGUGCGCAACUUGCAUGAUGUCACUGACCUGGAAGCCAUCGCUAAAGACAUAUUUAAGCACUCCCAGUCCAGGACUGACGACAAACUUAUACGCUUCAAAAAGGCAGUGGAGUAUUACUCAGCUGCCAGUAAAACCCCCAAGUCCUAUAACGCCAGACCAAAGCGGCUUGGAGUCUCUGAAACUGUGCCACCUUACGCACAUACACCAAUGCCCAACAUUCCGCAGCCCUCCCUCCCGCUGCAGCCUGUGAUCCAGCACAACUCCUCUGGACUGGUGGCUAAAGGGCCCUCUGAUCAGAAUAGCUUCAGCAACAUUCCACAUGGAGGUAAGCAGCACACGCCGCUGUAUGAGAGGGCUUCUCCAAACCAUGCCGAGCCAGCCUUCUUCAAUGCCUCUUCCACUUCAUCAUCUGAGAACGAGGAGAACACGGGCCCCACUGCCAAUCAUGUAAGUGACCAUAAAGGAUGGGACAAACAAAGUGAUCAGGUGAACAGUGAGCCAGAAGGAGCCCUGGAGGACCAAAAUAAACCUGACCCCUCUGUGACCUCCCCUUUGGGUCAAGGCAUAGAGAUCGGAGGUCACCACGGAGUCAAUUCCCAGAUCCCUUCACUGCUCUCAAUGCCAACUAGAAACCACAUGGACAUCACCACACCUCCUUUGCCUUUGGUGGCACCUGAGGUGCUGCGAGUAGCAGAACACAGACACAAGAAGGGCCUCAUGCACCCUUACAUCUACCACAUCCUCACUAAGGGAGAGAUUAAAUUGUCAGUUGCAGUUGAAGAUGAAGCUAAUAAGGAGCUGCCAUCCGCCGUGCAGCUGUACCGGCCGAUCCGCCAGUAUGUUUAUGGUGUGCUCUUUAGCCUGGCAGAGGCUAAAAAGAAAGUAGAGAGGCUUGCAAUGAGAAGAAAUCGCCUCCCUGAAUAUCAGCCUGUUAUUAUAAAAGAGUGGGCAGCCUACAAGGGUAAAUCACCACACACCCCUGAGCUGGUGGAGGCUCUUUCCUUCCGGGAGUGGACCUGCCCCAACCUGAAGAAGCUGUGGCUGGGCAAAGCCAUGGAGGACAAGAACCGGCGCAUAAGAGCUUUCCUGGCCUGCAUGAGGUCUGAUACUCCAGCCAUGCUGAACCCUGCCAAUGUGCCCACUCAUCUCAUGGUGCUCUGCUGCGUACUGCGGUUUAUGUUACAAUGGCCAGGAGUAAGAAUUUUGCGUCGUAACGAACUUGACGCUUUCCUAGCGCAAGCACUUUCUCCUAAACUUUAUGAACCUGACCAGCUGCAGGAACUGAAGAUUGAGAACUUGGAUGCACGAGGUGUACAGCUGGCUGCACUGUUCAUGUGUGGUGUAGAUAUGGCACUGCUGGCGAAUGACACGUGCGGUCAGCCAAUACCCUGGGAGCACUGCUGCCCAUGGAUGUACUUUGAUGGCAAGCUGCUGCAGAGCAAGCUGAUUGGGGCCACGCGAGAGAAGGUCUCACUUCUUGACCUCUGUGACGGUCAGACUGAGCUGGUUGCCAAACUGGAGAAGAUGCGCCAGAGUAUUAUGGAGGGUCUGAACUUCUCUCGGCCUCCUCACCCCCUCCUCUUCCCACCUCCACCACCACACGUCAUGCCAUUCUACCCCCCCAACAGCAACUUUUACCCACCACCUCCCCUGCCUCCUCCACCAGGGCGAGGUAGGGCAAUGCCAGGACUCCAAUCGAUCCCAUCACACGGGGGCAAACUUGAGAUUGCUGGCACAGUGGUGGGGCAGUGGGCAGGCUCUCGGCGUGGCAGGGGCCGGGGCUCUUUCCCUAUUCAAGUGGUGUCGGUUGGAGGACCAAGUAGAGGACGACCAAGAGGUGUCAUUUCAACCCCUUUAAUAAGGACCUUUGGACGAGGAACCAGAUUUCAUGGCAGGGGUUUUAAAAGUCAGGUACUACAUCAGAGUAAACCUGCAUACUCUAACUUCACCAAUGACAUAGGGAAAGAAAGGAAGAAACCCAAAGCAGAGAGUAAAACAUCAUCUGAAGAGUCUGCUGUGGCCGAGAACGGGGUGGAGGGCAAAGAGGUGGAGCUUAAUGGGAACAAAGUAGCUCCCACACAACCAGAAAGUGCCUUUAGCAACGACUCCAAAAUGUGCAAUAUGAAUCCUCAUUUAAAUGCACUAAAUACAGACGGUGAAUGCCACAGAGACGACGCUCUGAGUGCUGCUGUCUUAAAAACAGAAGAGUAAAUCUAUUUUUAUAGAGAGGGUGAAGAAUGGAAGGUUCAGGGUUAAGGAAAAUCUGGAAAGAUGGAAAGCCUACAGUUGGUGUACAUUUUUUCCUCUCCGAAAAAGUAAUUAAUGAUGAGGACACACUGUAUGAAUUUUUUUAAUCCCUCUUUGAUGUCAGCAAGCAAGUACAGGUUAAUGACGAUAUUUCUCAAUAAAUGCAUAGACAUAUGAAGUAUACCAGUUUUUAGACAAUACUACCAGUAUAUAAGGAGUUGUCUACUCCCUCCUCACUAAUUACCUGUCUCAAACUGCUUAUGCAGACAUUUUAUUUUGCAAUCUCUCGAAUUUCUGAAGCCAAAAAUCAUUUUGGCAUUAUUUUUUGUUGUUUGUUUUUUUUUGUUGUUUUUUUUUUUUUGUUUGUUUUAUUAUACUCAUAGGUUGAGACAUUUUACCAAUAGUUGGCACCAUAUAUAUUUGCCAUUGUAACUGAUUUUGUGUUGUCAGAGUAAAUGCUUUUUUCUUUUAAGAAGUAAAAAAAAAAAAAAAACCCAGAAACAAAGAGAAAAGCAAGAACACAUUUCUCACCUGGGUCAUCGCUGUAGUUUUACUUGAGCUAAAAUGUGCAGAACCGUUUGGAAAUUAAGUAACUAGUACAAAACUACUGCAGCUUAGUUCUGAUCGCCUCGGCGUCAUGCUACUAGCAUCGUAAGAAGCAUUAAAACAUCAGAAUUAAAAAAAAAAGAAAAAGAUCCAAUGACAAAUGCCACUGUUUUUUUUUUUUUUUUUUUGGUUUUUUUUUUUGUCAGGAAUGGCCAUGCAUCAAUGAUUGAUAUUAGUGUGGUUUUUUGAAUCAAUUGUAGAACAUUAGUAUGAUGGUUUCAGCAACUUUUUGCAUGGUUCACAACUUUAAAAAUGGUGUGUAGCUAUUAUGCAUGUUGUCCUUUUUCUUCCAUCCCUACCAGUACUGUGCCCAUUUGCAAAAUCUUAAAAAGGCUAAUAAUCAGUAAUAGUCCUAAAAAGGUGUUAACUGUUAGUCAGUAACUGAUUUGCUCUAACCUUAAAUUUUUUGUGAUUAUUGACCUCUGUUGCAUUUACUCCAAAAUAUCAGAUGUUAUCUAGCCACUUUAAAUAUUGUUAACCCUGGUAUACUCACCCAUCUCUGUAUCCGUUAUUGUACUCUGUUGCUGUUUUCUGCAUUCGAGCUAGCCAACCAUAUUGGGGAGGGAGCGUCAGUCUUCAAACGAUCAGCCCUUCCCUUUCCCUUCCUUUUUCUUAGCUGGGAAACAAAGCAGUAAAAUUAUAUGAUCUUCCCAUUUGAGGGUUUAGCCUAAGCAAGUAAUCUUUAUAUCAUUUUGGUGUUUUGUUUAGUGUUUUCAAAGCUUAUUGUACUGAAUAAGAAUCAUUACUUCAAGUUUUCCACCUAAUCCUCCUGAUGCCUUCCAUUGCACAUUAGUGAUCAGAAAUAUGGUGUAUCCCCUGCCCGCAAGACUAAAUAGGCUACCUUAAUGUAAGUUGAUUGGAGUUUCUUCCUUACUCAUGGGGUGUCAAAGAAUGAUCUACUGUUGGGUUUGAGUGAUUGUUGAUGGCUUGUGGUGUGAUGUAUUUGAAGGAAAUUGAAUGCAACUUACAAUGCUUAAUAAAAGUCUAUUCUUUUAGUAUA